AGAUUUAGCUUGCCCAUCACGUCAAAUUGUUGCAUUGUUGAAUACCGUAAUGGAGUUUUGUUGAUAUUAAGUUAUAUUUUUGUAAUUAAAUAGUUGUGAAAAUAAUUGGAAUGGUGAAAUCAGAGUAUGAUUUUCGUAAAUGUCUGCAGGGUUCGAACAGAUCAUCUGUAAAAAUAUAGUUGAAAUUAUUUACUACCGAAUUACUGAAAAUUGCUACUGAAUUUUGUUACACAGUCAUGAAUAUUGAAGUUGAGGAAAAUAUAGAGUUGAAAAUAUUCGCCAGGGCGACUAUUUGGCCUUUCUAAUGGUUCUCAGACAGAGAUAUAUUACAAUGUCUUCCGAACAACCGUUGAAGAAGAAGCUGAGACGAGAAGAUGAAAGUGAUAACUCAGAUGAAACAGACUUUAUUAACAAUUUAGCAGAAAAUAGUGUACCAACAAAUCUUCAAGCACUGCAUCUCUCCUUACAUGCGAGUUUCAAUGAAGAUGAUAUCUCGAGGAAUGCAUUAAAUUUGCAACUUAAUAGGGAAAAAGUGGUGUUUCGAACUAGUGAAAGUGCUACUGAUGAGGGGGAAGAGGUUAUUCUUGGAUCGAAUGAAGAACAUGAUAAUAUCUCGUGUAGUAGUUUGAGUAAAUCAAAUGAGAGUGUUAGUGAAAACAUUUUAAUUGAACCCGCACCUAGUAUAGUAACAUCAACAUCCACUGUUUCCAAUUCAAAGUACUUGUCCCUCUCAAACUCAUUUUCCAGUUCGUCAGAGACUUUGGUCAGGACCAGUUCGUCAAGUAUAAGGGCUACGAAUCAUGAAAGAUAUAAUUCUACAUAUGCUCAUUCGGAUCACGAACUGCAAAUUUUUGGUCUGGAUGAUUUUCAGAAUCAACUCGUCAAACAGUGCCUUUGCAAUGUACCAGAAGUAGUAUUGAGGAAGCCUUUCGAAGGACAACAAGUUAUUGAUAGUUCUGCAGUUGGCUCAGCAAUGUUAUCAGAAUGGCCGAGUAAAAAGGUGCUGCAGUUCUUAUCGAAUCUGCAGUUGUUAUUCGAUGUUUACCUGAAGCAGAAUAAUAAAGGCUUUAUAUGCUCUAGAAUUGUAACAAUUUGUGAAACUAUCAUAGGAAACGAAUACAAUUUGAUUGAACAAAUUAUUUCUCUGUGUGAGACAAGGAAUAAAUACGUCAAUUAUUUGGCAGCUCGAGUAUUCAGUAGCUUUCUGAUUAUAGCAAAAACCAACAUAAAUAACGAAUGGCUGGAAACAAUCGUGAACUUUUUUACUACUGAAAAUAUUGAUUAUGUGAAAAUGCAGUUUGCUCUAGAAGUGAUCAAACGAGUUGUGGAAUGGAAAGAUGUAGAGCUGCACGUAUUGGAAGAGGUGGAACCUCAGGACACUUUGCAGAAUUCGACGACGGAAGAGGUAAAUUCAAGUUGUUCUACAGUUCCAUUCAGUGACCCAGAGAGCUACGACACUUCUGCAAUUAAAGGCCUAAUUAUAAAGAGUUUGGAAUCUAAAUGGCCUGAACUCAUCUACAGAGUUCAGAAUUUGAUCUUGCACAAUAGUUCUGUUCAAAGUCAGACGUGCAUUCUCACCUUUUUGGCAUUGUGGGAAAGUACAAUAUCUGUUAAAGCAAACUUGAGUGUUAUUGAUACCAAACCGUUUUAUGCUCAUCUAGAAAUAUUUGUCAGCAUGUUGAACAGUCAGCUUCCACCGGUAGUAUGGAAACAACUGCUGUCUCUUUUCAAUGAAGUCCUGUGCUACGGCAGCACUUUGGCUCUGCAGGAUAUGUUGCCGGAUGAUACCUGUCAAUUGGCUCACUUGAUAGUAAGAUAUGUUAAAGAUUACCGACUCUUAGAUAGCUUACCCUUCAAAAGAAAUGAGGGAUUGACUGUGAAUAGUUUUGUGGGGACUAUUGCUAGUUCGCAACCAGCACAAACAAACAUCGACAAAACGUUAUUGCAAAAAAUGGCUUUGCUGGUGCUCAAGUCUGUUGCCAUUACUAUAAAGGAAACCAGAUCGGAUAGUUCUGAUUCUAGCGUAGGUUCCGAUGAUUCCGACUUUUAUCAAGAUAUGCAAGUCAUAGAGCGUUCCAUCAGGGAUGUAUUGAAAAAACUUGAUGUUUUCGUUAAAAACAGUUUGGAAUUUCAUCCGGAGACCCCAUUUUCUAAAAUAUUGAUUCAUUUGUUCAGCGACCAGGACGAUUAUAUGAUCGAAGCGAUGGUUUGCAGUUUGGACAUAACGAUUGGUAUUUCAUAUAGGAAUGCCGUCUUUCCUGAUCUGAUCAACAUGUUAAAUCCCAUACAUUCGUUUAUAGAAUUCCUAAAUAUUGUCAGUCACGAUUCAGAUAUUCUUUUAGAUUAUUUAGUUAGCAAUGAAACUUGUUUCUUGCUUUAUUUGUUGAGGUUUCUGAAAUAUACCAAACGAAACUGGGCCAAGUUCAUUAGUAGUUGUGGCGAAGGAAGUGCUCCGAGGGGCAAUGAAUUGGACAAUACCAUGACAGUGCUGAUUCGGUUGAAAAUGCAAAUAAGUAGGUUGGUUUCCAAGGACCUCUUCCCUUACAACGUCACCCCGAUUAUGAGAUUGCUGGAAACGUGUGAAAAUUUGUAUGAAGGAAAUGAAUUUAGCUGAUGAAUACAGUUAUUUUAAUUAAAAUAUUAAUAUUCUAAUAACUAAAGUACAAAAUUUGUAUUGCCCUUAGUUGCAAAUUGUUCAUAAUAAUAAUUUAUGAGGACCUGCAUAUAACUUUUAGUUAAUAAGUUUUGUCUGUACUGUAAGUAAUUUAUUUUCCAUAUUUAUUAACUGACUAUUUUUAUUGUAAUUAAUGUAUAAAUAUAGUUACCGCAAAUAAACAUAUUUAAAUGUAGAA